AUGUCCAGCCACUCGAGCUCCUUCACUUCCACCUCCUACUCCUACAGCUCGUCGAGCAGCUCCUCCAAUGGCCAAACCACCGGCGUAACCCACUCCACCCAAUCUCACACAAACCCUGACGGUACAACCGUUCGCACCACACAACAAAACCUGGGUGGUCCUACUGUCGAGGAAACCAGAUAUUAUGACAAUCAAGGUCGCGAGCAGCUGGGCCUGCCCUCCUCGAACACCAGCAACCAGCAGGCCGACAAGAAGUAUCGAGAAGCUAUGGAGGAUGAGUAUGCUAAGCGUGAGGGUGGUGCUUGA